UUGAUCAUACAACUUAGAGAAUCUAAUAUUGCGAAAUAAUUCAAUGAUUUGCACGUGCUUCACCAAUUGAUACACAUUCUAAUAUAAAAUCCUGGAGAAAUAGACUGGAAAGACAAAUUAAACUGAUAUUAUUAACAGGAAUUAUCCUUUUAGUGAAAAAGCUAAGAAAAACGUGUAGUCAAAAUUUCAAAAAUGGAAAAUCAAAAACUAAAGAGAUAUUCACUUGAAGAUGUUGCAAAUCAUGACAAAUCCAGGACAUGGAUCAUUAUAUAUAACUACGUUUAUGAUGUGACAAGCUUCCUUAAUGAGCACCCUGGAGGGGAAGACCUUAUCUUAGCGGAAGCUGGAAAAGAUGCCACACAACCCUUUCUAGACGCUCAACACUCCACUGAAGCUAGAGAAAUGUUGCAAAAAUACCUGAUAGGAGAAAUUAUUGAUUCAGAAAAAGUCUCCUACGAAAAAAGUCGUCAUGGACCAAAAGGACUAAAAGGAGCAAAGGCUUGUAUGGUGGCCAAUUUGGCAAUAGCUGGUGUGAUUAUUGGAGCUUUCAUAGCCUACAGACUUUAUCGUUCAUCGAGUAAUUGAUGCAAAAGAAGUUGGAGCAUUUUUAAAGUAUUUUAUUUUUUGACCGUUCACCAAUUCCUGUUUGUUCUGUAUUAUUUUAUACAAUUUUUGUAAUUAGUUGUUAUUUUUAAUAUGUUUGUUAUUUUGUUAUCAACUCUAUAGUGUGUUAAUAUACCUUAAAUUUUAUGAAUUAGAUUUUAUAUUAAAAAAAAAUACUAUUAGUGAUAACUAAAUGAAAACUGCCUAAAGAAAUGUACAUCAAUAAAACAAUCUAACACUAAAA